GCCAGUCGAGUUGAGGCGCCGCAGGCACCGCGUGGUCGGUCGAUUAGUCAGAGUAGUCAGACGGUCGAAUCGAGUCGGUCACAGUUCGAGGGUACGGGACACGGGACGCCCGCGCAGGAUACAACCCACGCAGGAUAAUAAGAAUGGCGCUCUUUCGCUUCACCCCGAAACGCUGCCUCGACGUUCAGAAAAUAACGUCGACGAUCUUCGUGCGGCAGCUCACAGAUGCGUCCACGGAUCUUAAGAAGGUUCUCACCGACAGGAUUCCGAAGGAACAGGAGCGGGUCAAAGCCUUUCGUAAGAAUCAUGGAGCCACCAAAGUCGGAGAGGUGACCGUUGACAUGAUGUACGGUGGCAUGCGCGGCAUCAAGGGCCUUGUGUGGGAGCCGUCGGUGUUGGAUCCGGAGGAGGGCAUUCGCUUCCGCGGUAAGUCGAUCCCCGAGUGCCAGAAACUCCUCCCGAAGGCAGCCGGUGGUGCGGAACCACUCCCGGAGGGUCUCUUCUGGCUGCUGAUUACCGGCGACGUACCCACGGAUACGCAAGUGAAGGCCAUCUCGCAGGAAUGGGCGUCCAGGAGCUCGUUGCCCGAGCAUGUGGUCAAGGCCCUCAAUAACUUCCCCAAGACCUUACAUCCGAUGACACAGUUCUCCGCGGCGAUCACGUUGCUGAACAGCGAGAGCGAGUUCGUUAAGGCGUACAACAAGGGCGUGCACAAGAGCAAGUUCUGGGAAAGCGUGUACGAAGACUCGAUGAAUCUGAUCGCCAAGCUGCCAGUGGUCGCCGCCACCAUCUACCGCAACAUCUACAAGGGCGGCAAAGGUUUGGGCUCUGUCGACGCCGGCAGGGAUUGGUCCUGGAACUUCGCCAACAUGCUCGGCUAUGACAAUCCACAGUUUAUUGAGCUGAUGCGCCUCUACCUGACGAUCCAUUCGGAUCACGAGGGUGGUAACGUGUCCGCCCACACCACCCACUUGGUGGGAUCUGCCUUGUCGGACCCGUACCUAUCCUUCUCUGCUGGUAUGAAUGGUCUAGCCGGGCCAUUGCACGGUUUGGCCAAUCAGGAAGUGCUGGUGUGGUUGGAGAAACUGCGCGGUCAAGUCGGCGACAGUCCGAGCGACGACAAACUGAAGGAGUUCAUCUGGAAUACGCUAAAGAGUGGCCAAGUCGUGCCCGGUUACGGACACGCCGUACUUAGGAAGACUGAUCCGAGGUACACCUGCCAGAGAGAGUUUGCGCUGAAACAUUUGCCGGACGAUCCGUUGUUCAAGCUCGUUGCACAAGUGUAUAAGGUGGUGCCACCGAUCUUGCUGGAAACUGGCAAGGUGAAGAACCCGUGGCCGAACGUAGACGCGCACUCGGGCGUGCUGCUGCAGUACUACGGCAUGAAAGAGAUGAAUUACUACACGGUCCUGUUCGGCGUGUCGCGCGCGUUGGGCGUGCUCGCCUCCCUUGUUUGGGAUCGCGCCCUAGGACUGCCCAUCGAGAGGCCUAAAUCCCUCAGUACCGAACUCCUCAUGAAGGCCGUCAAGGCUUAAGGACCGUCUAUCACUCUGAAUCAAUGAUCAAUUAUCAACAUCACCUCGAAGUCUCGUCGUCCUGAUCUCGAGCUUGAGCAUCGACCGCGGCGCCGGAAUUUUGAUAGGAUAUCAUUUUGAUACCGACCUCGAGACACCUCAACGAGCCCGCGCCUUAUCGAGCAAACGAUAGUGCGGAUGGGAGAGAGCGAAUGAACGAGAGAGCGAGAGAGAAUGAAAGAGACACAAGGCUAGGUAUUAAACACGACAAAUAAUUACGUCUAAUAAUGUAUUAUGUAAAUGUAGAAUUAUUAAGAGCAGACACAUCAACGUCCCGCGUCAAUGAGGCGGAAUUUGCAUUCUCUUCCUGUUGUCGAUACUUUUCAAUAUGGAGCGACGACAAACAGACAUAUUAAUUACACAGACACAUUAUAUUAAUUAAUUAUGAAUGAUUAUUACAUACAUAUAUAUAUAUAUAUAUAUAUAUUGAUACAUCAUAUAAUUGGCAUAUAGUGUGAUUAAUAUGAUUGUUUGAAGUACAUGAUUCUUACGAAGUAUCAAUUGCGGGAACAGACUUAAAUGGGGUAUUCUCGCAACGUAAUAGCUGCUUAUAUAACUGGAAAACAUAGAUUGGUCCAAUAGUGAAAACUGCCAAAAUUGCGAGAAAACCCAAGAUAGUGAAAGAAAUCCAGAGGAUGGCUUUUAGACAUCUAAGUAUUAAGAUUUUUAGAUGUUUCUAAAUGUCUCUUAAAUGUCUAAAAACUCUUCUGGAAUUUAUUAUUUAUAGAAACACACACAAGAUAGAGAAUCGCGUCAGAAAUAGAUAAGGCAUUAUUGUACAUAUAAAGUUAUCGCUCAAUACAAAGCAACACGGUGACUACCGCUAGAAAUUUAGAAGCAACGGCGCAAAAUCUACGGCGAUAGUUAAUGUGUUAGCCAGCGACGUAAAGGCAGUGGAAAAUAGCGACUCGAGAUCUAGAUUCAUCGUGCAACGUAAACAUUCAAGAAACAUCGUUGAGGCGUCCAAAAGAUAGUCUAAUUCAGUUUGAAUGUCAUUCUGACGACUUUUCGAUGUCUCACUUUUGCGUUGUCUGGGAUAUGCAAUGACAUGAAUUAGGAACUAUAACGUUGUCUUGCCUCGUCAUAUGAGAAGCGCACUGCCCGGGCGUGUAUCACAUAUUUCUUUUUCGAUCAGGCUAAUUCCUUUGAAAAUUCAUCGGAUUUUACAGCGGCAAAAACGAUAUCGAAUUUUCGCGAUUAGAAGAUAGAUUUUCAAGGUAAUAGCCGGCAACGGAACGUCAAAAGGCGAACGUGCCAAUUAGCUCAAAUGUAGAUCUCUCGGCAAUUUAGUUUACUGUCCCACCUCCCUCAGGAAGUUUAUUCUAACUGAUUGUAGAAUGGCAAAAGAAAUUCGCGAGUUGCAGUAGUUGCAGAAUACUUAACAGCGAGCAAUGAUUCAGAAAGUGAUCAAGCAGACUUAAAAAUAGCGUUUAGUCUCAUCGGACGGCCGAGAUGCUGCUCGGUCGCAUUGUGUGGCGAGAAAAACCGCCGCGAUUCAGUGUAAAAUUAAGGAGCAUGACCAGUGGUGGACCCACUGUUAUAAGAAUGAAUGAGUGUGUGUAUACAUUAUUUAUAACGAAUGUGAAAAUAAAUGGAUCAAAAGGUAACCGUGGCUAACAGAUGCUUCCUCUUUCGAGAGACUUGAGAUUUACAUCGUAAAUGUAUCGCUCAGUUGAUUCUGUAAUUCUGAAAAUCUGCGAUUUCUAUCGCCGAAUAUUCCAACUCUACCGAAAAAAACUUUGGGUAAAAUUUAACGAGACUUUGGAGCGAUAUUCAACAAGGUAUUAUAAAUUUUAAUACCGAACGAAAUAUGCUUAAUCUAAAGACAAUAAAAACUUGUAAGCAUAAAUUAGGAGAAUUAGGAAAUAGGAUGGGAUUAUCGUCGUAGGAAAAAAAUGGAGCAGAUCCGUAUGUUUCUUAUUGAUAGAAACUGGAUUUAUUUGACAGCCCAUACUUUUAGCCUUUGUUAUUCAUAAAGUUCAUACAGGACUCCCUGGCUUAUAUUAUACAAUUAUAUUAGAUAAAGACCAAUAAAUCGGAAUUGAUCGAU